AUGUCUAAUUUACAGUCUGAACAUAUUCAUCAAGCACAGCAUACAAAUCCUUUAAAGCCUCGUAACAAUGUGUUUACUUGUCUUGCUUGUCAAGUUGCUUUCCCAUCUACUGAUCGCCAACGUGCUCAUUAUCGUACCGAUUGGCACAAGUAUAACUUGAAGAGAAAGAUUAUGAAUCUUCCUCCCUUUACGGCAGAGGUUUUUGCACAAAAGGUUUUAGCUCAACAAGCCAAAGGAAAAGAAGAAGAGGAAAGACAAGGUCUUGUCUACGAGUGUACUAUUUGCAGCCACAAGAAAGAAAUAACCUUGUUCUCAGAUACGGAAGAAGAUAUAACGGAUACAGAAUCAGUCAUCUCUGCCGUGGAUCAUUUACACUUGAACCAAGAUCAUUGUUUAUUUUGUAACAUUGUUCAUUCCGAUUUCGAAUCGAAUUUAAAACACAUGACAUUGGCUCACGGUUUCUUUUUACCGGAUGUCGAGUAUCUCGAGGAUGCACCUGGACUUGUUCUUUACUUGGCUGAGAAGAUCCAAGACUGCAUUUGUCUUUAUUGUAAUGACCGUGGUAAGGAAUAUAAAACUCAAAAUGCUGUUCGUAAACACAUGUUGGAUAAAGGACAUUGUAAAAUGGCAUAUGAUGAAUCAGAAAACCCAGAGGAUUUAUUACGAUUUUACAAUUUUGGAACCAUGUCAGAACAAGAUUUUGAAGCAGCUACAGUCGAUACCGUGUCGAACGAGGAAGAUGAGCUUGUCUUAGCUUCCGGUGAGAGAUUAGGACAUCGUCGCUUCAUGAGAUAUUACAAACAAAAGGUGAGAAGACCAUCACAGGAGGAGGAAGCUGAUCCUUUAUCCAUCACACAAGGAGAAGAAACUGGUGAAGUGAUCGAACCCCGUAACCGUAAAGAACGUCGUAGCAAAUUAGCCAUCACAAACGGAACUCAAUUAAAUGGUGAUAUGUUAAGAAGAUUACCUGAAGUUGUGCAAGUACAACAACAACAUUGGCAGAGACAAUCUUCCAAGAAGAGUAACUUGAUUGCAACAACCAGACUUCAUUUUGUAUUGACAGACGAACUUUUAAAGAUACAAGGGAAUGCAUCCGACUAUUACAUUCCAAACGAGAUUGACAUUGCCGGAAAAAGUGAUCAUGACUUGGCUAGAUUCCUUAAUGCCUUUCGAGUAGAGAUCAAAUCAACAAAAGACGACUUGGAUCAAAAUGAGAAGGAUACGUUCAACAACCAUCGUAACUAUUUGGAACUUUACAGUUAUUCGGUCCAUUGGUUUUUAUUACUAGUGGAAGACAAUACGACUACCUCCAAAAUGGUUGUGCGAAGAGCAAAGAAUUCUACCAACGAUUUAAAGACGUUUGACUGGAGUACACAAAAGUUGAAAGUAUUUGAUUUAGCGAGUUGGUUAUUGGAUUUGAAACUGUCCAAGAUCUGGACAUUGACCCCGGAUCGUGUCCAUUUCGUCACAUUAUUUACAAAGCCUGCUUACCAACUGUUUGAAAAUCCCGCUCAUGCAAAAUCUAGUCAAAUCAAGGAACGUAUCUUUCGAAUCUUGAGUUUAUGCAUUAAAAACUACGAUCAUUUACAUGUCGCACAAACAACCAUCAUGCAAAACCUUCAAUAUUGGGAACAUUCUGCUGAACCCAUGGCAGAACUCCUAAUUUACAUGGUCGAAAAAGAAAAUUACAAUCAAUUAGCAGACGAAAUUUUGCGAGAAAUCAGUAACCGUGAAUUUAAAGAUACCACCACCAAAGAAGUCAAAGACUCACCCAACCCAAAGACAUUUGCUACUUUCUUACAAAAACUUGCCGAUUUAUCACCAAAGACCAUUCUUAAAAACUUGGGUGUAUUGAUUAAUCAAUUGGAUAGUGAUUCCUACAUGAUGAGAACAGCCAUUGUUGAUAUACUAGGCAAUAUGAUUAUCGAAUUAUCUCGCACAAGUCAAGAUAAUCCAAACCAAGUGGAUCAAAUCAAUGAUUUCUUUGAUAUUUUGGAACAUCGUAUGUUGGAUCCUACAGCCUAUGUGAGACAAAAAGUGCUUCAAGUCUAUCUUCGUCUAUUUGAGUAA